AUGAGAAUUCUUUAUAGACGGCGAUCGUUGAUCGUCAAGUUGCUAAUUUUGGCUCCCGUUGCCUGGCUGCUCAGCAUCGUGCUGCUGUACAGCUCGGACGGCCACGAAGUUCGAUCGGAUGUCCAAAGUAACAUUGGUGGACUGCAUCUCAACAACGUCCCGGUGGAUAACUCUGGCGGUUCCGGAGGCAGUGGGCCCAAACUUCACGUUGUGAAUGUUGAGGAGAACAUGAUUCAGCAACCUCCUGUGGCGAAAACGUCCGAGAAGAAGCCAAAGAACGGAGAUGAUUCGGGUCAGGGCGUCAUUGCGCCGCCUGGUCCUCCCGACGGUCCCGGGGAGAUGGGGAAGGCGGUCAAACUGCCGCCGAAAGAGCAAAUGGAUCCUGUGGAAAGGAAGAAGUUUGAUGACGGAUUUCAGAAGAAUGCAUUCAAUCAGUACGCAUCGGACAUGAUUUCUGUACACAGGAGCUUGCCCGAUGUACGGAUAGAAAAGUGCAAGGAACCUGGGCGUUAUGCGGAAAAUCUCCCGGCGACUAGUGUCAUCGUUUGUUUCCAUAACGAAGCCUGGUCUGUUCUGCUUAGGACUGUUCAUUCCAUCCUCGAUCGGUCUCCGUCAAAUUUGAUCAAAGAAAUCAUAUUAGUCGAUGAUUUCUCCGAUAUGGAGCAUACCAAGAAACAGUUGGAUGACUACAUGGCUCAAUAUCCGAAAGUGAAAAUUCUGCGACUCGAGAAACGCGAAGGAUUGAUCCGAGCGCGUUUAGCUGGCGCACGAAUUGCAACAGCACCGGUUCUGACGUACCUCGAUUCUCAUUGCGAAUGUACCGAGGGUUGGCUGGAACCUUUGAUGGAUCGUAUUGCUAAAGAUCCCACCACGGUUGUGUGCCCAGUUAUUGAUGUGAUCUCGGAUGAGAAUUUCGAAUACAUGGGUAAAGCGCAAGAUACUGUUAAUGUUGGUGGAUUCGACUGGAACCUUCAGUUCAAUUGGCACGCAGUGCCAGAUCAUGAACGCAAACGGCAUGACAAUCCAGCUGACCCAGUUUGGUCUCCUACAAUGGCUGGUGGAUUAUUUUCGAUCGAUAAAGAGUUCUUCGAAAAGCUUGGAACGUACGACGAAGGCUUCGAUAUAUGGGGCGGGGAAAACCUCGAAUUAUCUUUCAAGACUUGGAUGUGUGGUGGUACUUUGGAAAUCGUACCUUGCUCGCAUGUUGGCCAUAUCUUCAGGAAACGAUCCCCGUACAAAUGGCGUACUGGAGUUAAUGUACUUCGAAGGAACUCGAUCCGGUUAGCUGAGGUCUGGUUGGAUGAAUACAAGCAAUAUUAUUACCAGAGAAUCGGCUCAGACUUGGGUGACUUCGGUGACAUAUCAUCCCGGAAAAAACUGCGGGAACGACUGAAGUGCAAAUCCUUCAAGUGGUACUUGAACAACAUCUAUCCGGAGCUUUUCAUUCCGGGAGAGGCCAUCGCGUCAGGAGAAGUGAGGAAUCUUGGAGCAGGAGGAGGAACAUGCCUUGAUUCUCCCGGCGGCAGGAAACAUUUACACAAGCCCGUCGGAACAUAUCCGUGCCAUCGCCAAGGUGGUAACCAGUUCUGGAUGCUCAGCAAGGAAGGGGAAAUCAGGAGAGACGAAGCUUGUCUGGAUUAUGCUGGACAGGAUGUUAUUUUGUAUCCUUGCCAUGGGUCUAAGGGCAACCAGCUGUGGAAAUAUGACCCUGAAACAAAAAUGAUCGUGCACGGUAGUUCGAAGAAAUGCUUGGCCAUUCCGACAGACAAGUCUAAAAUCAUCAUGGAAGUCUGCGACGGAACGAACGAGCGGCACAAAUGGAAUUUCGAGAACUACGACGCGUCGAAACUGUGAUGGCGAGGCCACGUUCCCUGACACCACAUGAACAACUCCACCGACCUGCCUACACCUGCGUGGAAAACUUUUGCAAGUUUGUGUUGUGAAGCACUAAGUGGGAAAGUUGGUGUUUAGAUAGAAUAUGGCAAGGCGACUUCGGGAGUUUUGAGUGGCAGUCUAAAGGCUCUGUGAUUCCUUAGCGUUCCCUUUCGGUGGUGAAGCAAAAUAACAUCAAUUCGAGGUUGUUCUGCUGAUUUCUUCCCCCCAUUUUGUGUCCGAAGGGGGUUUCUGACGAUGUUUUUUUUCUUUUUUUUUUUUGUGAUGAGGAUCCGAUGGCUUUUCGGUUUCGAAGUGCGAUGCGUGGACGGGUGUGCUCGUGCUUAUUUAAGGAAUCAAUCGUGAGAAGAUCCCCCCCCCCCCC